CGCAUUUUUCACUCGCUACAGCCAUGUUUAGUUAGAAGUUGGGCUAACUGCGGUUUCCCGAGCACCAACAAAAGGUAAUUCUAAGUUGUUUCACUGUUUUAACACUGCUUAAUAUUCUACUCCUCAUUUUCUAUGCCGUAUUGUGCAGUCUGAAUACCAAUGCUAACAAAGCGUGAUAGAUGAUACAUCAAAUCAUUCUGCUUACGCAGGGCUUGGCUUUGCCAUGAUGCUAGUAAGCUUGACUGUUCUUCGCUCGUAUUCCUUACAUUGUUUGUGAGUUGUUGGUGCAAAAGGGGCUUAAAGCUGGAACACUGUUAAGCUACACAUCUGAGUGCUAUUCUAGGUUUCAGUGCCGGAUGGAAAUGUAAGUGAUCACGCAAGAGAAAAGAAAUUUUAGAACUGUAACUUUGAUAAAAGAUUAGUGAACUCGAUUUGAACUGCCGAAUAAAACCGAAGAUUGAAGCGGAUAUUACAAUUCUCUAAACUUUCUUCCGAUGAUGCGAUUACACUGAUUACAUUAGCACCCGAACUUUUCGUUGACCGGGUGCCCUGGGGUCUUUAAUUAGCUAAAAAAUAAUGCCUAUUGAUUUGAUACAGGUCUGCUCCAGUGCAAAGAAUUUCUAGCCAUGGAUAAACCGAAUGUGAUAAAGAUGUGCAAUCAAGAGCAAUCACCCGGUAGGGCAUUGUGUUGAAAUAAAUAAAUAAUUUAUAUAGCGCUGUAUUCACAGUGCGUUUCCGAUUUACUGUUGAACCACUCUAUAACGGCUACCCUGGGUGCCAGAGACUUUUCUAGCGCGGUUUCCGGUUUCGCUUCGGCCUACGGCCGAAGAUGUGUCGGCCUUCGGCCAACACCGAAAAUUCCCCCCGCACGCGAGAAAAACCUCUGGUACCCAGGGUAUAUAACGGCCACCUUGGGGACAAAAUAAAGUGGCCGUUGUAAAGAGUCUGUAAAGAGGUGGCCGUUGUAGAGAGGUUUUAAACAAUUGUCCGCCGGGAGGAAAAAAAGUGACCGUAAGCGGAGGUUCGACUGUAUCUUAUUCCGGAAUAAGAAUACGCAAAAAUUUGUGGAGUACUCCCUUAUAUAAGCUAUAUAGGUAUGUGCCACCCCAUCGGGUAGGGUUUUUGCACGGAUUUGGUCUGAAAACGGGUAUACACUUUGCCCAUUUUGGUCUGGAAUCGGGUACGGUUUUUGAGAGAACUACGAGAUUGUAUGAACGUCUUUAUCGUUUCAAUUCCAAAUGAGUAAGAAAGAAACAAAAAUAUGCGAAUUCGAAAUGGAUUUGAGUGUUGUUUGCGCUCUAAUCUAAGUGAUGAUAACAUAAUUUCUGCCUAAUGGCCAGGUCUGAAAACGGCUAUGGAUUUUAGAGGUCUGGUCUGAAAACAGGUGUGCAAAAUGACAUUUUUUGGUCUGAAAUCUGGUCAGGAUUUGGAGAACCGGGCGGCACACCCCCACCAAGAAUUCUCAGGAGUACCCCCCCGGCGGUCCAUAUAUUUAAUUACACUGGCCAGGAACCCAUAACUAGGAGCGAGUAACUUCCAUGCGCUCGCGUCAUAGGGUUUUUACGGACCAGUUUAUUUCUAGAACGGUUUUGGCGCGAAUCUUGAAUAUCUUAUAAUCAGCAAAACCUACAGACCUAAAAAUGAUAUUUUUUGCCUUUUAAUAACGUUUAGUUUUCCUUUUUGAUAUCUUAUACUUCGAGUGCGCCCAUAGACAUGGUGGACAGUUCUAUUUUCGCGGGAAAAAGUGCCCUAAAAUGUGUCUAAAAAUAAACUGGUCCGUAAAAACGCCGUGACAUAGGCCUAGUGUGGGAGUUGCUCGCUCCGAGUUAUGGGUUCCUGACUGGUGAAAGGCGACAGAGUGGAGUAAAGUUCCUUUUUUAAGGAAACAACGCGACGAGCGAGGCUUGAAACCCAGAUCUCCAGAUCCGGAGUGCGAGGUGUUAACCGCUCGGCCACACACGUCUCCAAGCAAUAAAUGAAACUGCAACAAUUCUCCAUGGUAUAUCAGGUAGCAUGCAUAUCGACCCUAGAAAUAAUGUCAAAGUGUUUAAAAUGUUUAUAACAGCUAACUUAGAGUUCUUUAGGGCUUCAGAAAGUAUAAUAGUUUAAGAGAUCUUAAGUUAGUUAAAUUGGUCGGGCUGGGAAUUCCAAAAAAGAGAAACAGCGAAUUUUAGGGACCGCAAGCCAUAUUGGGUGGUAUUGUCAGAGGAUACGUAAAGAUUACCAGAGUAUGAUUGGCGCGUUGCAUAGAACAGAAGUCAAGUAAAUUUAAAAUGCUCAUUGAAACGGCUUUGAUUUUCAAGGUAAGGUAAGACAAAAAGAGUUCUUGGUUGUAAAAAAGAUAUGAAAUUUCUUGGGUUUUUAGUAAUUCAUUCAUAUUAAAAGACGUUUCAUUUACAACAGUUUAAUAAAAGAGAUUCAUCAUUCUACGCUUGGUAUGUGAAAGGGGUACCAUUUCUUAACAUACUCAGGAAACUGAGGGGUACCUUUAAUUCCAGAAAUGGUACUAUUUAAAGACCUAUAAAAAGUGUUAGAGGUUGGACCUCGGAACGGAGCUUUCCUGUCAACCUCGUCCCCAGGGCGCUUUUCCCCGCCCCCAAAGCCAGGGAAAAGCGCCCUGGGGACGAGGUUGCUUUCCUGUUAAUAUAAGGAAUUCGUUUAGUCCCCCUUCCCCCUCCCCGAAUUUGCAUAUAAAUUUUAAGAGAUUUUUGUAGGAAAUUUGCUAUUCCAUUCUCGUUCUCUUUCUCUGUUUCUGUCUCUCUUGGCUUUGUUUUGGUUCAUCUAACUACAUGUGGCCCGUUUCUUUUGUGAUGGAACCUUUUCUGUUUGUUUUGUCUUCGUCUAUUUCUGUCUAGCUCGGUUGAUAUUCGAUUGACUGUUAGUUUUUCUCUUCAAUUUAGGUUCCAAGGAGAAUGAAAGCCACACUAAAAAGGAGAAGGCAGCUUUGGGACUGUGGUGGCUGCUUGCUAUUCCUAUUCUGCCAUUCUUCUAUCUUUCUGAUCUGCAGGCCAAUUGGGUAAGGCCUAUAGAUCCUGUGCUGGUAGUCAAGACCCUGAUAUUUCAGUGUUAUUUGCCCGCCAUAGAUGUACUGACGGAUUUCUGGACAGGAGCUAGUUUCUUCCUCAGCUGCCACGUUCUUUUUGGAUGGUAUACCAUCUCUGUGACCUUUCUCCCAUUUUUUGGUAAGCUUUUGUCCGAGAUUACCCAAAUAAUAAGAAUUAAACGAAAGCAAAGAAACCUGUUUAAUACCAUGUGGAAAUUUCUGAUCAGAGAUAAGUUGAAGCAAGUAUUGGUGCAUUUGCCAUUCAUACAGCCUGGCGUCACUUUAAGUCAGAUCAGGCAGUUAUCUCAACUAUCUGCUGAGGACGUCGAAGCAGAGAAGAUUCUCUUUCGAAUGGCCAACGACAGAGUCUGGGAGCCAUUCCUGGAGGCCGGACCCCAACUUGCUCUGCAAUUACUGAUCGUUUGGCAGACGGGAGAGGUAACAUCUAUACAAUGUGUCACAAUGCCUGUAAGUUGUUUUGCCUUGUGCUGGGCUGGAGCAUCGACAUUUUUUAAUAAUAGAGUCGACCACGGAAUCGCCAGUCCUUCAGUUAUCAGUAACCUGAUUGUCACAGCCAUAGUCUCUCUACUUGUUGUACCGCGGAUUCUCUAUUUUUCAAUCAUGGCAUAUUUAUCAGGAUACUGGGCCGCGAUUACAAUCGUAAGCAUGAUUGCUGUUGUCUGGAUAGCUCUGAAGUUUUUCUCAGUUAAAGAGCCAAAACCUAAGAUGAAGUACGAUCGGGUUAAAGAUGAAUACGUUCUGGACCCUUGCAAGGGAUUCAAGCCAAUAAUGGAUGAGAUCAGACUAAAAAGCACCUUUUUGUCUGUGUUUGCACCAACUGUUGUUGGAUUCAAAAGAUCCAAAAUACUUUUGGUGUCCUCAGUUGCCUCCAUCACUACACUACUGUGCUCCCUUGGAUCUUUAUGGCUUUACUUGUCGUUUGGCAAUUGGGGACACGCUAACAACCAUACUUUUCAAUCUUUGUCUUGCUCCUCAGAAAAGCCAUGCCUUAGGUGUCCAUUCAAUGAAACCGACGUCUUGCGUUGCUCAAAAGCAUCUUGGCCAACAGAAAACAACAUGAGCUAUCAAAUCCUUGACUACAGUGUGCAGUGUGGAAUCAAAAUAUGCAAACGUCGAUGCAGUGACAACGGCGAACCCUAUGACAACUUGGUAUUUCGCUGGUUCCCAGCUCUAUUUUGUCUCAUGGUUUUGUCUGCCGGAUUUUCACUCCUCCUUGAAUAUAUGACCGACUUUAUCAGGCUGGAAAAAUACAUCCCUUUAAAACACAACAUUUUCCUCAGCCUAGCGAUUGAACUUGAGGAGGAAAAAGAGGCUGACAACGAGGCUUUAAUGAAGAAGAAGCGGAUACUUUGGAGAGGAUACAUAAAAGAAGGAGAGGACGACUCAAAACUAUGCCGUUACGUCAGAGAAGGACAAAAAAUUGACCAAGCAAUCAUCACAGCUCAGCGUAAAGGAUUUUCCAGGAUAAACUUUGUCACAGCUACAGUGAACGAGAUGGUAGAUAUGCUCAGAUAUCCGUCACGUCAUAAAAAGGCCUUACCGUCAAGUCAGACGGAAAACAAUACAAAGGAUCACUAUGGCGAUAUGGAUUUAAGCAAAAAACAACUUUUGGACGCGUCGAAGAUUGGUGAUGUAAAACUAGUCUACAAACUGCUGGAAGGAGACGUAGACAUUGAUGUGCAGUGCCCAGACACAGGCAAUACAGCUCUCAUGUUUGCCGCUGAAAAAGACGAUAAAGCUAUAACAGAAUUGCUACUAAUGGAGCAGGCCAAGGUGUUUUUACUCAACAAUCGUGGCCUGAGCGCACUGACUUUGGCCCACGAAAAGGGUCAUGCUGUUAUUGUCAAUAUGAUCUGUACAAGACUGGCAGAAACUAAAGAAUUAGACGCACAAAUGCUUGUUGCAAGUGAAAAGGGAGACCUAGCAACCGUUCGGGCGCUACUGAGCUUUGACACGAAUCUUUUUUUUGUGGUAGACAAGAUACACGAGAAAUCAAGUCUGCACCUCGCCGCUGAGAAAGGCCACUUUAACGUUGCCAGUUUCCUAUGUGAAAUGAUGCGCCUUAAAACUGAAGCUAUUUUGAAGAAGAACAAAUACGGAAUGAAUUACAUUCAUUCAACUUGUUUGGGUGGUAGCCUUGACAUCCUUCGACUGCUUCUGCCACUAAUUGAAAAGAUGAAUCGCGACGCCAUUGCCGAGGCAGAUGUCAACGGACGCACUGCUUUGUGGUUCGCUGCCCGAAAAGGACACCUGGAAAUUGUUCGAGAACUUUUACCCAUUUUUUCCAGCAUCGAUCCUCAGAGUAUCAUCGCAAGAAAGACAGACGGCUCGAACGCCCUUAUGGCCGCAGCAUUCUUCGGCCACACGGAGACCGUGCGAGAACUCCUCCCUGUAUUCAAAGACAUCGAUCCCUCAAGCCUCUUCGAAACGUAUCAUGACUGUGACGACGCCGGCAAAAACUUAAUCUCAAUCGCAGAACAUUACGGCCACGUGGAAACCAAACAAGUGAUUGAAGACUUCAUGAAAUCAAACAAUCUACCGCACCCUAAUGCAGGCCUUACGAUUAACAGAAAUUACUUGGUGGACAUUAAUCAGGUACACUCACAAAUGAAGACUUGGGUAUAG